UCCAAAUCCUCUCACCAGUCCAAACCUAAACAGCCCCACAUAUCACCAUGUCCGGCUCCUGCUGUGGUUCCAUCUGCUCCUCCCAGGGCUGUGGCACAGAAUGCUGCCAGCCCUGCUGCUGCCGCGACCCCUGCUGCUGUCGCCCCGUGAGCUGCCAGACCACCGUGUGCCGCCCCGUGACCUGCACCUGCCGCUGCACGCGCCCCAUCUGUGAGCCCUGCCGCCGCCCUGUGUGCUGUGACCCCUGCUCCCUGCAGGAGGGCUGCUGCCGCCCCAUCAGCUGCUGCCCCACGUCCUGCACUGCCGUGGUCUGCCGCCCCUGCUGCUGGGCCUCCACCUGCUGCCAGCCCAUCUCUGUGCAGGCGCCCUGCUGCCGCCCCUCCUGCUGCCAGCCUGCCCCCUGCCGCACCACCUGCAGGACCUCCCCCUGCUGCUAAGAAGUGUACCGACUGUCUAGAACAAGCUAUCAACUUUCUGAAAACGUAGUACUCCCAUCUCUGCCUAACAAACCUCCUGCCCUGAACUAUCAAGACCCCAAGUCAACCAGAGGUUGAAUGGAAAUACAGGCUCACUUAUUAAGACUUGGGCUGUUCUCAAGUCUUUGUAACACUAUCAACUCCCUUCUUCCCACUGUAGAUCUUAGAUCUUGUGGCAUGCUUCUUUUCUAAUAAACUUCUCAUCUUUGGCCUAGAAAAUA